AUGAUGGAUCAAAAGCUGUUCCUGCACCCAAGAGACAAGAAGAGUAUUGUGCCAAUUGUUGAAGGCCACAAUGAUUCUUUGUCUACCAAGAGCCCUUCUAUCAAUGAUGGAUUGGAAUCGGAAAUCGAAAUGGAAUCUUCGUCCAUGCCAGACGUUUUACCACCAACAUCACAAGCAGUCAUUUGGCAGAGUCAAAGAUUCAUAAUCCCCAGUGUCGCAAAGCAUACAGAAGCCAACCCAAUUCUUGCCAACAUCAACAAAAUGCAGGCUUAA